AUGCCUCCCAAAUUCGAUCCCAACGAAGUCAAGGUCAUCCACCUCCUGGCCACCGGAGGUGAGGUUGGUGCCUCCUCGGCCUUGGCCCCCAAGAUCGGUCCUCUCGGUCUGUCUCCCAAGAAAGUUGGUGAAGAUAUCGCGAAGGCAACUGGCGACUGGAAGGGCCUCCGCGUGACGGUCAAGCUCACUAUCCAGAACCGUCAAGCCGCCGUCUCCGUUGUCCCCACUGCCUCUUCCCUCAUCAUCCGCGCCCUCAAGGAGCCCCCUCGCGACCGCAAGAAGGAGAAGAACAUCAAGCACAACAAGUCUGUUCCUCUGGAGGAGAUCAUCGAGAUUGCGAGAACCAUGCGCCACAAGUCAUUCUCCAAGUCGUUGGAGGGCGGUGUUAAGGAGAUUCUGGGAACGGCAAACAGUGUUGGAUGCCAGGUUGACGGCAAGAGCCCCAAGGCCAUCACCGACGCUAUCGAUGCUGGUGAGAUUGACAUCCCUGAGGAAUAAAGGAGGUCAAUAGCUGGACGGACGCUCUCGCAUGACUUCUGGAGUUUAGGAACGGUUCUGCAUUAAGGGGACUACCCAAAAGGGACAACCUUGGGCAAAGAAAAAAAGAAUUGCCGAAUGACCAAAUGACAAAGUUUCCAAAUAUCGUAGUGAUCUUGCUGGCCGCGACACAUUUCGUUGUGAUGUCGAGGUUCUCGAAUUGGCGUGCGGAUUCCUACUCGGAAUCCCGGGUAUGCCAUGGCAAGGACGUGGUUGUGGCAUUGGUUAUGGCUCGGGAAGUCACGGCGGCGGGAAAGAGAAUGCGACCACUGCAAGUACCGUCAUAGGUCUGAUCUCAUAGGUACAGCCCGAAUUCGGUAAAUUGU